UUAAGUAUUAUUGCAACUUCAUGAUAAAAAUAUUUUUAAUUUGGAUUUUGUUAUUUAGUAAUUAUCGAACGAAUAAAUAGUUAAACGACCGUGUAUAAUGUCAAAACAUGAUAAGCAAAAAUCGGGCAAUUUGCUCGAAAGUUGGUUUGGUCGACCUAAAGCUAGAUCGAAAAAUGCACCAUAUGCUGGUGGAAGGCCAACUUCGACAGAUGGUGAGUUAGAUCUAGGAGAUUUACUUUUAGAAAUAAAAAAAUUAUCGGAUAGUGAAGUGGAUCAAAGGUUUAUAGACAUUUUGGAAGAUAUGAAUAUCCCAAACGAUAAACGAUCGCCUUUGUUAUCAAAGCCAAUAUCAGAAAAAAAAGACAUGAUAUUUAUGCACUUAAAAGGGAAAAAUUCGCUUGAACAUCGCUCAAACUCAAAAUUUGAGAAACCCAAUCACUACAUAGAGUACCUUCAAGCUGGUGAGCACAGCGAACAAAAAUUUUACCAAUGCAUUGAAAAUUUGCGUGUUGCUCUAACAAGCAAUCCAAUUAGUUGGAUAAAAGAAUUUGGUGAAAUUGGUAUAAAUGAGAUAGUAAAUUUAUGGCGAAGAUGCAAACAGGAAAGAAAUUAUGACAGAAUUGAAUUCGAAUGUUUAAGAUGCUUGAAGGCUUUUAUGAAUAAUACAUGGGGCUUGAAUUUAAUUUUAAAACCUGAUCAGCAUACUGUAUUACUAUUACUUGCUCAGAGCUUAGAUCCGAGAAAACCGCAUAUUAUGACAGAGGCUCUUAAACUUUUAGCAAGUUUUUGUCUUGUUCCUGAACGAAAUGGUUAUGAAAAAGUAUUGAAGGCAAUAACAAAUUCCUUAUCCCCUACAUAUAAGAAUGGUGAGAGAUUCAGAUCGAUAGUUGAUGCGUUAUUCGUUGAUGAGCGAUUAGAUUCAAAGCGAGAUUUAUGUUGCCAUAGUUUAAUAUUUAUAAAUACAAUCACAAAUACACCAAGCGAUUUGAAUUUUAGACUGCAUUUAAGAUGUGAAAUUAUGCGCAUGGGGCUACAUGAAAAAUUAGAGAACUUGACAGAAAUUGUAGAAAAGAGUAGUAAUGAAAAUUUAAAAAAACAUUUUAAAAUUUUCAAUGAUAUUAAAGAGGAUGACGCUGAAGAGUUUAUACAAAGAUUUGAUAAUGUGAAAUUCGAAUUAGAUGAUCCGGCCGAAUGCUUUGAAGUUUUAAAAAAUUUAAUUGUAGAUACGCCUUCAGAAGCAUUUUUCUUGUCAAUUUUACAACAUUUACUUUACAUAAGAGAUGAUUAUUAUAUACGUCCAGCAUAUUAUCAAUUAAUUGAAGAAUGUGUAGCACAAAUUGUAUUCCAUAAAAGUGGUUGUGAUCCUAAUUUUGACAAUAGGAACUUUCAUAUAGAUACAUCACUUAUUUUAGACGAUAUUGUCGAAAAAUCUAAAGCAAAAGAUUUAAAGCGCGCAGAAGAAUUUGAAAAAAAAUACGAACAACUGGAAAUAGCUAAACAGGAAGCUGAAGCAAGAGCGGCUGAUUUGGAGGAAAAACUAAAACAAAUACAAACUACUGGAAAAAUACCUUCAGAUUCAAAUUCAAAGCCCGCACUUAAUAUACCAUUUCCACCACCACUACCUGGAGGAAAUAUGCCACCGCCGCCACCUCCGCCUCCUGGAGGUGCUGGGAUGGGGACUGGGGCUCCUCCUCCUCCUCCACCUUUCCCCGGUGCACGAAUGCCACCACCACCACCGCCGAUGCCUGGAGUAGGAGGAGGUCCACCACCGCCUCCACCACCGCUAGGAAUGGGUUUACGUCCUCCACCACCUCCUAUGGGAGGUUUGAAUCUAAACGCUGGACCUUCACUUCCCCCUGGAAUGAAACCCAAAACUAAAUGGAAUGUUAAAAAUCCUAUGAAACGAGCGAACUGGAAAGCCAUCGCACCAAAUAAAAUAUCUGAAAAUGCUUUUUGGAUAAAAUGUCAAGAAGAAAAAUUAGCUUCGGAUGACAUAUUAUCAGAAUUAUCAACAAGGUUUACUUCAAAACCGAUUAAAGUAGAUCAGAAGGAUUCAGUUGACAAUAAACCUACUACACUGAAGAAAAAUGUAAUCGAUUUACGGGUACUAGACUCUAAAGCUGCUCAAAACAUAUCCAUUUUACUUGGAGGAUCUUUAAAACACAUGCCCUAUGAAGAAAUAAGAUUAUGUCUAUUUAAAUGCGAUACUUCCAUUUUAACACCAAAUAUACUGCAACAAUUACUCCAAUAUUUGCCACCACCAGAUCAACUGAAAAAAUUAGUUGAAAUCAAAAGUAAAGGAGAAGAUUUAUCGAAUGUCGAACGUUUUAUAGCAACAAUUGGUGACAUCAAACGUUUAAAUAACCGUCUGAAUAGUUUGAACUUUAAGUUAACAUUACCAGAUAUGAUACAGGACAUUAAACCAGAUAUCGUGGCUGGUUCGGCUGCGUGUGAAGAAGUUAAAACAAGUAAAAAGUUCGCAAAAAUUCUUGAAAUUAUUUUAUUGUUAGGAAAUUAUAUGAAUUCCGGCAGUAAAAAUGAACAGGCCUAUGGAUUUGAAAUUAGCUUCCUAACUAAAUUAUCUAAUACGAAAGAUUUUGAAAACAAGAAGACUUUAAUGCAUUACUUAGCAGAAUUAGUUGAAACAAAAUUUAAUGAUGUUUUAGACUUUUAUGAUGAUUUGACUCAUGUUGAUAAAGCAUGCCGUGUUAGUUUAGAAACUAUUCAAAAAACUAUGAGACAAAUCAACAGCUCAAUGAAAAAUUUAGAAACAGAUUUGAAUAAUAACAAAGUUCCCCAAUGUGAAGAUGACUUAUUUGUUACAGUAAUGGGAAAAUUUGCAGAAGAAUGCGGUCAACAAGUAAAUUUAUUAGGAAAAAUGCAAGCCAAAAUGGAGAAACAGUAUAAAGAGUUAUCAGAAUAUUUUGUAUUUGAUCCUAAUAAAUACAACAUGGAAGAAUUUUUUGGUGAUAUAAAAACGUUUAAAGAUAGUUUUAUAAUGGCAUAUCAAGAAAAUGUAAAAAUUCGCGAAGAGCAAAUUAAAGCUAAAAGAUUAUUGGAAGCGAGAGAGCAAGCUCAACGUGAAAUGUUACAAAGACAAUUAAGGCAACCGACAUUAGUUGAUAUUGAUGCUGCUCAUACCCAGGAAGGAGUGAUGGAUAGUCUAUUGGAGGCAUUACAAACAGGUUCCGCUUUUGGAAAUAGGCAAAAACGUCGACCAAGACCAGCAGGUGCCGAAAGAAGAGCUCAAUUAAGUCGAAGUAGAUCCAGGACUAGAAUAAAUGCAACAAAUUUGGCUACACGAGAAAUGAUAGCCAAUGAAAUCGCACUUCAUUCAUAGCUUUUUAAACAGUAGACUUACAAAACUAAUAAUAACAAUAAAUUUUAAAGAGACUCUUAUUAUAAAUUUUUUUUUGUUUUGUAUUGUAAUUUUUUUCUGGCACAAAUUUUUCACCGUGAAAAAAAUUCCGUAAUUUAACUGAGAUAUAAAAUAUUUUGUAUACUUUAAAUAUUAAUUGUAAAUUCAUAAAUAUUUUUUAAAUGAUCUUAUAUAAAAUACU